UCUCUCUCUCUCUACUAUCUAUGCUCACGCCACACGCCCUUUCUCUUCUAUUCUCUCCUCUUUUCUUCUAAGUUCUUUUUAGAGAGAGAAAGUCUACACAAAGAAUGCAGAAACACUAAAGCUUUUCACUGCAAAAUUCCGGCAUCUUCAGAAGCUUUUUGUGUAUUGAGUUUGAGGGUUUGCUUUUCUGUAGCUAGUUGGCACAACACUCGUGAUCGGUGACUACAAAAGGAAAUUUUGAUUGCACUUCUAAUUUGAUACAGGAUCUAGUUGGUUCCUAAUACAUGGGAAACAGUGAGGACGGAAAACCUUCUAAGCCUGAGAAAUCAUCUUCGCCUACUCCGGACCAGAGCAAUCUCCAUGUCUAUCCUGAUUGGGCGGCCAUGCAGGCAUAUUAUGGUCCUCGAGUAGCUGUACCUACAUAUUUCAAUUCAGCCGUUGCACCUGGUCAUACUCCUCACCCUUAUAUGUGGGGGCCACAGCCUAUGAUACCACCUUAUGGUGUACCAUAUGCAGCAAUAUAUGCUCAUGGUGGCGUUUAUGCACAUCCUGGAGUUCCAAUUGGAUCUCACCCUCCAGGUCAUGGGAUGGCAACAUCUCCUGCUGUCAGCCAAGCCAUGGAUGGUGUUUCUUUGAGUUUGGAUGCAUCUGCUAAGUCUUCAGAGAAUUCUGAUCGAGGCUUGCUGGCAAUGUCACUAGGAAAUGGCAGUGCUGACAACAUUGAUGGUGGAACGGACCAUGGAAAUUCACAGAGUGGGGACACUGAAGGUUCAACUGGUGGAAGUGACACAAAUGGAGCUGGGGUCAGUGAGAGAAGUAAGAAACGAAGCCGUGAGACAACUCCUGAUAACUCUGGUGAUAGUAAGACUCACUUAGGACGGUGUCAAACUACUGGGGAAGUAAAUGAUGAUUCUGAGAAGACAACCGUGGCUGUUCGUCCUGGUAAGGUAGGGGAGAAAGUGAUGGGAACUGUACUUUCUCCUAGCAUGACAACAACUUUGGAAAUGAGAAAUCCUGCUAGUACACAUUUGAAAGCUAACCCAACUAAUGUUUCACAACUCAGCCCUGCACUGCCAAAUGAAGCCUGGUUACAGGAUGAACGUGAGCUGAAGCGGGAGAAAAGGAAACAGUCUAAUCGGGAAUCUGCAAGGCGAUCAAGAUUGAGAAAACAGGCUGAAGCUGAAGAGUUGGCAAUACGAGUUCAGUCUUUAACAGCGGAAAACAUGACACUCAAAUCUGAGAUAAACAAAUUAAUGGAGAACUCGGAGGAACUGAAGCUAGAAAAUGCUGCUUUAAUGGAGAGACUGAAAAAUGAACAGCUAGGCCAGACAGAAGAGGUGAGUUUAGGUAAGAUUGAUGAUAAGAGGCUGCAACCUGUAGGCACGGCAAACCUACUAGCAAGAGUCAAUAACUCUGGUUCCUUGGAUAGAGCAAAUGAUGAGAGUGAAGUUUAUGAGAACAAUAGUUCUGGAGCAAAGCUUCAUCAACUACUCGAUUCCAGCCCCAGAACUGAUGCAGUGGCUGCUGGGUGAUCAAUGGUACACCCGCCCAACUUUGAGAUCUUUCAUUUUAGUCUGAUUAUGUAAUUUUGGCGUAAUUAUAAGUCCAAAGUUACUGCUAACUGCGGGAGAGGAACAGAAUGGAACAGCUAAAUAGGAUUAUGGAACUUACGGGAUUCUAAUUUUACCUAAUUGUAGUUUACAUGUCGGAAGAACUGACGUGUGCUUUUAUACUUUACUUUUCUUCCCUUUUUCCCCCUUUUCACCUCAGAGAGGGAUGGUGGCCAUGAUAGUUUAUGUAAGUUUGUAAUCUUCGACAUGUAUAAGCUUUGAUUGAGGAAAGCUAUGGAACCGAAAGGUCUUGGUUUGGAUGAUAUAAGCGGACUUGACAAAUACUGUUAUGUUUAUGAUGUUAUUUCCUACUGUUGGAUAAACCAUCUUUGUGCCCGUCU